AUGACUUUUGCUAUCGAGAACGCUUUCGCCCUUGCGAUCUUGGGUGAGCACAAUCCAGAAACCUCAACUACCAAGGAUCUCAUCUUAAGAACAGACUUGGCAUUUUGGAGGGUCAGCAGCCGUCUCCUUGAGGGAAACACGAGCCUUCCCAGCGCUGAAGCCGACAUUUUUGAGGGAACUUUUACUCUUCCUAUGCUCGGUAAACGCGCCAUCUCGGACCUCGACUGGAGCACUCUGGUAGCGACAGUCUUGGAAGUCUAUCUCAGCAUCCGCGAACGCCUAAUCCGUGGCGAAUGCGUUCUUCCCUCUCCUCAAAGCACGAUGAGAGCCAGUAGACUCGAUCCAUCUGUUACCGUUCUAUUUGGUACCGGACCGACAUUCCCUGCUGCCGAGUCGGACGUCGGCGAGUUUCCAGAUAACAUCCUCGACGGUGAGUAUGAAGAGUAUGAUGAAGACGAUCGCGAGAUGGGAUCAGCUGACUCCGGUUCCACAAAGAAGGGGAAAAGGAAUGACGAAGAAAGCAAGAAAGGAGUAAGAACGUCGACCCCGGGCCCUCCUAUGGAGCUGCACCCUCGUCAGGAUAUCUGUGCUCGUACAUCUAGAAACACUCGACAAGGUCAGCCGUUAGAGACAGACAACUGCGGUGAGGAGCCCUGA